UCGGCUGGCACGUGGUCUCCCCGCCAAUAUGGCUGCGCCCGCGGCCCUCUGUCGGUUCCUCCUGCUGGGAGCGGGGCUGGUGGCGACUACUGGCGCCGUGAGGGAGACGGUUCCCGGCGGGAGCUGCGGCUGUAGCGCCAGCCGGAGCCGUGGGGAUGAGCGAGAGGCAGCGGCGCGGCGGUACUCGGCGGCGGCCGCCGCCGACGGCGGCAGGAGUUCUGGGCGCGGGCCGAUGGUUGCUAUUCCGGGAGGUGUGUUCACUAUGGGCACUGAUGAGCCUGAAAUUCAGCAAGAUGGAGAGUGGCCUGCAAGAAGAGUCCAUGUUAACAGCUUCUACAUGGAUCAAUAUGAGGUCAGCAAUCAGGAAUUUGAGAGAUUCGUGAAUUCUACUGGGUACCUUACUGAGGCGGAGAAGUUCGGCGAUUCCUUUGUGUUUGAGGGAAUGCUGAGUGAAGAAGUGAAGGCUGAAAUCCAUCAGGCAGUUGCAGCUGCUCCCUGGUGGCUGCCAGUCAAGGGAGCCAACUGGAGGCAACCUGAGGGCCCUGACUCCAACAUCCUCAGCAGAAUGGACCAUCCUGUUCUUCAUGUGUCCUGGAAUGAUGCUGUAGCAUUUUGCACAUGGGCAGGGAAACGGUUACCAACUGAGGCUGAAUGGGAGUACAGCUGUCGAGGGGGCCUUGAGAAAAGACUUUUCCCAUGGGGCAACAAGCUUCAGCCGAAAGGUCAGCAUUAUGCUAACAUUUGGCAGGGAGUGUUCCCAAGUAACAACACUGCAGAAGAUGGAUACAAAGGAACUGCACCGGUCACUGCAUUUCCUCCCAAUGGAUAUGGCUUGUACAACAUUGUAGGAAAUGCCUGGGAGUGGACAUCUGACUGGUGGGCUGUUCAUCACUCAGCAGAUGAAGCUCACAACCCUAAGGGGCCCUCGUCGGGGACUGACCGAGUGAAGAAGGGUGGAUCCUACAUGUGCCACAAGUCUUAUUGCUACAGGUAUCGUUGUGCAGCCCGCAGCCAAAACACCCCGGAUAGCUCUGCUUCAAAUCUGGGGUUUCGCUGCGCAGCAGAUGCCUUGCCAGACCCACAGUGACCAGAUGGGCUGCACUGCUCUCAGGGAAGAUGUAUGCAGUGUCACCUGAUGAUGAGAGAGAAUGGAAACAUCUUGUGCUUAACGUUCCUGUUGGACAGAGAAAUUCCAGCACUGGCCAAUGCUGCUUGAAGCUCCAUGUGCCUGUCUUUGGGGAACCUGGCCUGGACUUCCAUUGUGACCAAACUUCUUAGAGGUACUGCUUUCAGUGGGAGUAGCCUGGAGUUACACAAGCACAAACCUGAGCAGAAACAUGCUGACUGUUUUAAAAGGUUAACUUUAUUUAGUAGAUACUUUGGAAAAGUUCUUUAAUAAUUACAUGUAUUUAUGUAUCAUUUGAAUUUCCAUGCUCAAAUCUGGUAAACAAGGAUUUCACAGACUCCUGGGUAGCUCUAAAAAAAAACUGAAGCAGCUGCUGCUUCCAUAAUGUCCUAGGAGGCAUACUCACCAUGCAGAAAAGAGAUGAAGACAACAGGGGCAGCUAAUGCAGCUGUGUGUUACGUUCUAAUUGCAUUGAAAAUCGGAUCCAGCAACACGCUUUUCCUGGUGCAAUACUUACUCCUCUUUAGAAGAAGUGCCUUCUGCCACUGAGGGGGGAUAAUCAUCACCAUGAGGAUUAGAAAUGUAUGUAUUUGAAUAAAAUAUCAAGCAUUUCUUUAUGCUGAAAACUUU